AAACAACAUUUAGCCGAAAAGGACAACAAAUACAAAUUCUUCAAAAAAGAAGAGAGAAAUAAAAACAUUUUUCUCCUUUCUUAACGUUGAGAAGAGAGGUAGUAGAGAUAUUGUUUUCCUUCACAUGGAUUUAGAUUUCCAAUGAUAUUCUCCUUUGUCGUUAAUGGUUGUUGGUAGUCCAUUUCAUCAGCAGUAGCACAGAGAGGCCCAGCUCCAAUAUCAACAAAGAUAACACUGUUUUUAUGUAUUUCCUUUAGAUUUUUCAAAGAAGAAGAAGAAACAGUUGUGUGAUUUUAACAGCUUGAAUAGUACAAUUAGAGGAUGAAUCACUGCGUUCCAGAUUUCGAAAUGGAGGACGAUUAUGCAAUCCCUUCACUUUCUAGAUUAAAUCGCUCUAAGAAACCUUCCAUGCCAGAGGAUGAAAUCAUGGAGCUAUUGUGGCAAAAUGGUCAAGUUGUUGUGCAAAGUCAGAAUCAAAGAUCUUGGAAGAAGCCAGCGCCGAUCAAAUUCCACGACGCCGACCAACCAGUUUCCAGAGAUAUCCGAUCAUCGUCAUCUCAUCAUCAGCAACUGCAGCAAUCCUUUACUGAUAAUCUCUUCAUGCAAGAAGAUGAAAUGACUUCAUUGCUUCACUAUCCUCUCACUGACGACGCUAACUUCAACCACGAUUUCUGUGCCGAUCUACUCUAUCCUUCCACAUCCACCGCCGUCGCCCCUCGUGCUACCUCCACCGCUCCUCCUCCACCACCACUCGGAAGAGUUCCUCAAGUUUUGGUUUCGGCUUCAGCUACGGCUAUGGUGCCAGCUCGUAGGCCACCAACACCGCCGGGGACGAGGAUCCAGAACUUCGUUCAUUUCUCCAGGCAUAGAACGGCGAGGGCGGAGCAAUCUGGACCGUCAAAUUCGAAGAGUGUAGCGAGGGACUUGACGGUCGUUGAUUCCUGUGAUACACCGGCGUUGGCUCCCGAAUCGGGAGCCUCUCAAGCUAUACCGAGCUGCACCGAGGCAGCAACAGGUGGGGACAACAACAAUACCUGCGCCCACAUGAGCAGCGCUGCAGCUGCCAAUAUGCAAUCAGCUGGUGUCAGUUUUGGUGCCAGCAAAGACAAUUUAGCCACGUGCGAAGUCAUGGUGACAUCAUCACCUGACGCCUCCAGUGCCAGUGCCGAACCGACGGCUCAGAAGCCUGUCCAAGCUGAUGACCGGAAACGUAAAGGAAGAGAACCGGACGACGCCAAAUGUCACAGCGAGGAUGCUGAGUUUGACUCCGCUGACGGAAAGAAACAAUCACGUGGAUCCACUUCUACUAAAAGGACUCGUGCUGCAGAGGUCCAUAACCUCUCGGAGAGGAGACGCAGAGAUAGGAUAAAUGAAAAGAUGAGAGCUUUGCAAGAACUUAUUCCUCGUUGCAACAAGUCAGACAAAGCUUCAAUGCUGGAUGAAGCAAUCGAGUACCUGAAGUCACUUCAGUUGCAAGUUCAGAUGAUGUCCAUGGGUUGUGGCUUGGUCCCAAUGAUGUUUCCUGGCGUUCAACAGUACAUGCCGGCAAUGGGAAUGGGAAUUGGGAUGGGCAUGGUCAUGGAUAUGGGAAUAAAUCGGCCAAUGAUGCCAUAUCCGAACGUUUUAGCUGGCUCAGGUUUGCCAACACCACCUCCUGCAGCUCAUUUGGAUCCAAGGUUUCCUAUGCCAGCCUUUCAUAUGUCGCCACAAGUUCCUCCUCCCGAUCCAUCAAGACUCCAACCAAACAAUCAGUCAGUUGCCAUGCUGAACCCACUUGGCAUGCAAAACCCAAACCAUCCACGGAUCCUUAAUUUUGCUGAUCCUUAUCAGCAGUAUAUUGGACUUCAUCAGAUGCAAUUACAACCUCCACAGUUUCAAGCAAUGGCCCAGCCAGGCUCGAGUAAACCGGGUACCAGUAAGGGACAUGAGAAUCUUGAAAAUCACCCAUCAGGUGAUAUAGCACAAUAGCUCUGAAUUCUGGUCAAGGUGUUGCUUGUUUAUUCCUUUUACUCCGCAACAUACAAUGUCAAAGAUGGGUUCAUGUUCAUUUCAGGUUGACGAUUCAAGCGUGGAUCAUUCCCGAAAGGUUCUUGCUUAAACCUUUCUACAGUUUUGUAGAAUAAGAGAACAUCCUGUUUGAGAGAAACCCCUUUUUUCACUUAUUUAUUUUGGUGCAACUUGUAACACCAUCUAACAUGUAAUUAUUGCAUCACCAUAGAAAUAGUUCCAUAUGCUCAAGUUUCACUCUCCUUUAGCUUUGUGUCCCCCAGGCUUUUAGACAGUAGAAUCAGGGUUAAAAGGAAAAUU